GUCACAGUAGCGGAUCCGUGAUCUACGCUCGCUUUGGGCUCUCCGCUUGCUCAGGGUGCCGAAUGAAGACCGCUCCGUCCGCGACGUCGUCGCAAUGACCAUUUGUCAGUUCUUCCUUCAAGGCCGAUGCCGCUUUGGAGACCGGUGCUGGAACGAACAUCCCCGCGCCGGGGGUGCGGGCGGAGGACGGCAGCAGCAGCAGCAGCCCUCAGGUAGUAACAGACGUGGAUGGAAUAACACCAGCCAGAGAUAUUCCAGUGUUAUCCAGCCAUCCAGUUUCUCCAAAUCUGCACCAUGGAGGGGCAGCAGAGAUCAAGAAAAGCCAUCUUUUGGUUCUUUUGAUUCUGGAGCUUCAACUAGCAGGAACAGGGGGUUUGGAUUGUCUCAGAACCCAUUUGCUUCACCUAGCUCUGAUGAGCAGAAAGAUGAAAAGAAACUUCUGGAAGGAAUUGUAAAAGAUAUGGAGGUUUGGGAAUCAUCAGGACAGUGGAUGUUUUCUGCUUAUUCACCAGUGAAGAAGAAACCUAAUAUUUCAGGUUUUACAGACAUUUCACCAGAGGAGUUGAGACUUGAGUACCAUAACUUCUUAACCAGCAAUAACUUACAGAGUUAUCUAAAUUCCAUCCAACAGUUAAUAAAUCAAUGGAGGAACAGGGUAAAUGAACUGAAAAGUCUAAAUACAUCAACUAAAAUAGCUUUGCUCUCUGAUGUAAAGGAUGGAGUAAAUCAAACAGCACCUGCAUUUGGAUUUGGCAGUAGGCAAGCAGUGACAUUUGGGUCACCAGGUUUUCCAAUGAAUAAUAAUAGCAGUGAUAAUGCUCAGAAUUUUAGUUUUAAACCAAGCUCUGGAUUUGCCACUGCCCUUGCUGGAAGCCCUUCUGUGUUCGGGAGUGCUCCGGCAUUUGGAGCCGCACCCUCUGCCAGUUCUGCCAUCACAACUUCUGCUCCAACUUUUGGGCGUGGUAAACCCGAAAUCACGUCUGCUGCUUCAUUUUCAUUUAAAAGCCCUGCAGCUUCUGGUUUUGGAUCAUCUGGAUUUUCAGGACUUCCAGCUUCCAUGGCAGCAGGCCCUACUGGAGCUCCAGUGGCCCCAGCCUUUGGAAGUGGCAGUUCUGUGGCUGGUUUUGGUAGUCCAGGCUCACAUUCUCUUACUGCUUUUUCCAAGUCAUCCGGUGACACUUUUGGAAAUAGCAGCAUAUCCACCUCCCUCCCAGUCUCAAAUGGUAGCACCACAACAGAUAAUGUAUUAUUCACACCCAAGGAUCAACUAACAGCAGAAGAACUGGAACAAUUUCAAUCCAAGAAAUUUACUCUGGGAAAAAUUCCAUUAAAGCCACCACCUGUGGAACUUCUAAAUAUUUAAAAGGGCACUGUUAAAUACAGACAAGAACAGCUUUUAAAA